UUUGUAAGUGCAGACAAUAAUUUAGGGAUCCUUGGACUAAAUGGUUAUUGUUUUAAUAGCUUUAGUGGCUGUUCAGGCCCUGCCAUACCCCCAUGAAGUCUCCUUCAUCAAAACCAUAGACAAGGGGGCUUCGGGAGGAUCCUCAGAAUAUGGCGACUCCUCCUCAGACUUCCUCUAUGUAGAUGCUGGACGCACGAAGACGACUGCUGUCCGACAAAAGGAAGACAGUGGAGACGAAUCCUCGCGGUCAUCUUUUAAUAACGAAUUAACCCGAGGACAGAUCCGCAACAGGGAUGGCAGUAUCACUCAAUUCAACACGAAGGAUCAGUCUUCUGAUAACCAGAAAGAGUCAGAAGAUCACCAGAAGUCAUCGUCCGUCCUUAUCACUGAUGGUCCUUCAGGCAGAGGAGUCACUAAGCAGUCCUCUACAUCAGACAAUCAAUAUUCAGGGUCAGAAUCGAACAAGAGUUCCAGUUCUCAAGUCAGAACCGUUGGCAAAGACGGGUCAAAGGUGUCCCAGACAAGUGGUUCUAGUUACAGUUCGCAGUCGUCUAGUUCUCAGAGUUCCCAAUCACAAUACAGUUCGACCUUGAGUUCUAGUUCUACUGGUUACUUAAGAGGUGGUUCUAAUGACAGGGACUCAAAUGAAUCGAACUCUAAGACGGAAACUAACAACAAGAAUAACAAUGAGUCUAACACCAAAACAGAGAGCAAUAACAAAAAUACCAACGAAUCUAACACCAAGACAGAGAGCAAUAACAAAAAUACCAACGAAUCUAACACCAAGACAGAGAAAAAUAACAAAAAUACAAACGAAUCUAACACCAAAACAGAGUCUAACAACAAGAACAGUAAUGAGUCUAACACCAAGACAGAGAGGAAUAACAAAAAUACCAACGGAUCUAACACCAAGACAGAGAGCAAUAACAAAAAUACCAACGAAUCUAACACCAAAACAGAGUCUAACAACAAGAACAAUAAUGAGUCUAACAACAAGACAGAGAGGAAUAACAAAAAUACCAACGAGUCUAACACCAAGACAGAAUCUAACAACAAGAACACCAAUGAGUCUAACACUAAGACAGAGAGGAAUAACAAAAAUAACAACGAAUCUAACACCAAAACAGAGUCUAACAACAAGAACAAUAAUGAGUCUAACACCAAGACAGAGAGAAACAACAAGAACGCUAAUGAGUCUAACAACAAGACAGAGAGGAAUAACAAAAAUACCAACGAGUCUAACACCAAGACAGAAUCUAACAACAAGAACACCAAUGAGUCUAACACUAAGACAGAGAGGAAUAACAAAAAUAACAACGAAUCUAACACCAAAACAGAGUCUAACAACAAGAACAAUAAUGAGUCUAACACCAAGACAGAAUCUAACAACAAGAACACCAAUGAGUCUAACACUAAGACAGAGAGGAAUAACAAAAAUAACAACGAAUCUAACACCAAAACAGAGUCUAACAACAAGAACAAUAAUGAGUCUAACACCAAGACAGAGAGAAACAACAAGAACGCUAAUGAGUCUAACAACAAGACAGAGAGGAAUAACAAAAAUACUAACGAGUCUAACACCAAAACAGAGUCUAACAACAAGAACAGUAAUGAGUCUAACACCAAGACAGAGAGGAAUAACAAAAAUACCAACGGAUCUAACACCAAGACAGAGAGCAAUAACAAAAAUACCAACGAGUCUAACACCAAGACAGAAUCUAACAACAAGAACACCAAUGAGUCUAACACCAAGACAGAGAGAAAUAACAAAAAUACCAACGAAUCUAACACCAAAACAGAGUCUAAUAACAAGAACACUAAUGAGUCUAACAGCAAGACAGAAAUGAAUAACAAAAAUACCAACGAAUCUAACACUAAGACAGAGACAAACAACAACGGUAACAAUAGACCAGAAAGGCCAGGAAAAGACAAAAAGCCAGGAAAACCAUGUGGCAACAAGCCCCAAAAACCUGGAAACAACAACAAACCAGACAGGCCAACAAAAGACAAUAAAACAAAUAGGCCAACAAAAGACAACAAACCAGACAGGCCAGGUAAGAACGACAAACCAGAAAGGCCAGGAAAAGAUAACAAACCUGAUAGGCCAGGAAAACAUAUGAAACCGGGAAAACCAUGUGGCAACAAACCACAAAACCCCGGAAAUGACAACCAACCAGAGAGGCCAGGAAAGGACAACAAACCAGAUAGGCCAGGAAAGAACGACAAACCAGAUAGACCUAGCAAAGAUAAUAAACCAGAGAGGCCAGGAAAGGACAAACCAGUAAUACCAGGCCAUGACAAUACAAAGACAGAGAAGAACAACAAGAACACCAAUGAGUCUAACACCAAGACAGAGAAGAACAACAAGAACAAGCAUGAGUCUAACACCAAGACAGAGAAGAACAACAAGAACACCAAUGAGUCUAACACCAAGACAGAGAAGAACAACAAGAACACGCAUGAGUCUAACACCAAGACAGAGAAGAACAACAAGAAGACAAAUGAGUCUAACACCAAGACAGAGCAGAACAACAAGAACAAGCAUGAGUCUAACACCAAGACAGAGAAGAACAACAAGAACACGCAUGAGUCUAACACCAAGACAGAGCAGAACAACAAGAACAAGCAUGAGUCUAACACCAAGACAGAGAAGAACAACAAGAACACGCAUGAGUCUAACACCAAGACAGAGAAGAACAACAAGAACACGAAUGAGUCUAACACCAAGACAGAGAAGAACAACAAGAACACCAAUGAGUCUAACACCAAGACAGAGAAGAACAACAAGAACACGCAUGAGUCUAACACCAAGACAGAGCAGAACAACAAGAACAAGCAUGAGUCUAACACCAAGACAGAGAAGAACAACAAGAACACGCAUGAGUCUAACACCAAGACAGAGAAGAACAACAAGAACACCAAUGAGUCUAACACCAAGACAGAGAAGAACAACAAGAAGACAAAAAAGUCUAACACCAAGACAGAGAAGAACAACAAGACUCAACAUGAGUCUAACACCAAGACAGAGAAGAACAACAAGACUCAACAUGAGUCUAACACCAAGACAGAGAAGAACAACAAAAACACCAAUGAGUCUAACACCAAGACAGAGAAGAACAACCAGAACAAGCAUGAGUCUAACACCAAGACAGAGAAGAACAACAAGAACACCAAUGAAUCUAAUACCAAGACAGAGAAGAACAACAAGAACACCAAUGAGUCUAACUCUAAGACAGAGAAGAACAACAAGAAGACAAAUGAGUCUAACACCAAAACAGAGAACAACAACAAGAAGACCAAUGAGUCUAACACCAAGACAGACAAAAACAACAAGAACACGCAUGAGUCUAACAAAAAGACAGAGAAGAACAACAAAAACACGCAUGAGUCUAACACCAAGACAGAGCAGAACAACAAGAACACCAAUGAGUCUAACACCAAGACAGAGAAGAACAACAAGAACACCAAUGAGUCUAACACCAAGACAGAGAAGAACAACAAGAAGACAAAUGAGUCUAACACCAAGACAGAGAAGAACAACAAGAAGACAAAUGAGUCUAACACCAAGACAGAGAAGAACAACAAGAACACCAAUGAGUCUAACACCAAGACAGAGAAGAACAACAAGAAGACAAAUGAGUCUAACACCAAGACAGAGAAGAACAACAAGAACACCAAUGAGUCUAACACCAAGACAGAGAAGAACAACAAGAACACCAAUGAGUCUAACACCAAGACAGAGAAGAACAACAAGAACACCAAUGAGUCUAACACCAAGACAGAGAAGAACAACAAGAACACCAAUGAGUCUAACACCAAGACAGAAAAUAACAACAAGAACACGAAUGAGUCUAACACCAAGACAGAGAAGAACAACAAGAACACCAAUGAGUCUAACACCAAGACAGAGAAGAACAACAAGAAGACAAAUGAGUCUAACACCAAGACAGAGAAGAACAACAAGAACACGCAUGAGUCUAACACCAAGACAGAGAAGAACAACAAGAACACCAAUGAGUCUAACUCUAAGACAGAGAAGAACAACAAGAACACCAAUGAGUCUAACACCAAGACAGAGAAGAACAACAAGAACACCAAUGAGUCUAACACCAAGACAGAGAAGAACAACAAAAACACCAAUGAGUCUAACACCAAGACAGAGAAGAACAACAAGAACACCAAUGAGUCUAACACCAAGACAGAGAAGAACAACAAGAACACCAAUGAGUCUAACUCUAAGACAGAGAAGAACAACAAGAACACCAAUGAGUCUAACACCAAGACAGAGAAGAACAACAAGAACACCAAUGAGUCUAACUCUAAGACAGAGAAGAACAACAAGAACACCAAUGAGUCUAACACCAAGACAGAGAAGAACAACAUAAACACCAAUGAGUCUAACACCAAGACAGAGAAGAACAACAAGAACACCAAUGAGUCUAACUCUAAGACAGAGAAGAACAACAAGAACACCAAUGAGUCUAACACCAAGACAGAGAAGAACAACAAAAACACCAAUGAGUCUAACACCAAGACAGAGAAGAACAACAAGAACACCAAUGAGUCUAACUCUAAGACAGAGAAGAACAACAAGAACACCAAUGAGUCUAACUCUAAGACAGAGAAGAACAACAAAAACACCAAUGAGUCUAACACCAAGACAGAGAAGAACAACAAGAACACCAAUGAGUCUAACUCUAAGACAGAGAAGAACAACAAGAACACCAAUGAGUCUAACUCUAAGACAGAGAAGAACAACAAAAACACCAAUGAGUCUAACACCAAGACCGAGAAGAACAACAAGAACACCAAUGAGUCUAACUCUAAGACAGAGAAGAACAACAAGAACACCAAUGAGUCUAACUCUAAGACAGAGAAGAACAACAAGAACACCAAUGAGUCUAACUCUAAGACAGAGAAGAACAACAAAAACACCAAUGAGUCUAACACCAAGACCGAGAAUAACAACAAGAACACCAAUGAGUCUAACACCAAGACAGAGAAGAACAACAAGAACACCAAUGAGUCUAACUCUAAGACAGAGAAGAACAACAAGAACACCAAUGAGUCUAACACCAAGACAGAGAAGAACAACAAGAACACGCAUGAGUCUAACACCAAGACAGAGAAUAACAACAAGAACACCAAUGAGUCUAACACCAAGACAGAGAAGAACAACAAGAAGACCAAUGAGUCUAACACCAAGACAGAGAAUAACAACAAAAAAACUGGUUGCAACAAGUCUAACAAUGACAAAGACAAGUCAAAUAAAAAACAGCAAGUGAACUCCGUUUAUGCUGAACAAUUGUCUUCUAAAAGCGCCUCUGGUAGCGGCAGUGCCAGCAGGUCUACAUACCAAGACAGCAAAGGCAAUUUCCAAGAAAAAUCCGAUUAUAACACACAAGAAAACACUAACAGCGAUUCUAGUAAGAAGUUAGUUGUUAAAAACGGCGGGAGUACGACUGCACAGGAAAACAGCAAGCACGCGGAUAGUGAGAGAAAAGCAAAUGGAUCCAGUGAAAAAACAGUAGUUAACGGCGCUGAUGGUUCUAAGUAUGAAGCUAGCAAAACUUCCAAGGCUAACAGCAAAUCUGACAACGCAGCAGCGAAAUCUUCUUACUCGAAAACUUCUGACGAUGGCUCCAGCUCGUAUUCUGCAUCAUCAGAAACGUCUUCGUCAUCAUCCGCCUCAUCAUCUUCAUCGUCUUCGAAAUCAUACGUGUCUAAAUCUUCUUAGGCGUUAGGUUUUGAGGUGUGGUUCUCUGGUUCUGACAAGUGAUAGGGUAACUUUCGGUAUUUUAGCUUACUUACUCAACAUCUUCUGUAUUUUGACAGAUGUCCCACCCUAAGCUGUGAAGAGCUUAAAAGAGCUGAGGGUCUAAACAGGGGGUUUAAAAAGGCAACAUUAAAGCAAUUCAUCUAAAAAAUCAAUACU